UAUAGUCUACACAAAAUUGACCUAGGCCUACGACGAAAUUGACCUAAUAUAUUCGAAGGCGGGAUAUUGGACUUCUUUUGGAAGUGGUGAAGGAAUUACAUGUUCUAUAGGCAUUAAUUGGAUAGGGUAACCGGCUCUAGCUGUGAAUUAUAGAAUGAUAGUUAUUUGACCGGCAUUACCACGUUGAGCAUGUUGCCUGACAAGAAAAGAGGUGAGAGUGGGGAGAGGAGGACGCAGCAGGUGUCCCAGCACUCCAGGUUUGGUAGUGUAGUACAAGAUGUCCUCAUGCGAUGAGUUCACCCAGAACGCCUGGAGAAAAGACCUCUGUCGUAACUGCUUGCGUCCGAAAUCCGAACACAACCUUGCCAAUAAUGAAAAGAAACAGCCAAAUAAGACAGUAGUGGGGACUAAGAGUAGCGGAAAGGAGAACUGUGAUAAAAGUGACACUAAAAGUAGUCUGAAGCACAAUGGUGUUGCGGAGGAUGGGAAAAAGACUAGUGAUACGAGCUCUAAGAAAGGAGGACAUAAUGUAAAGGGCCGGGGAGUCGCUGAUAUCAAAACCAAAGAGAACAAACCUUUGAAGAACUCUCCGAAAUCGGAUCGUGGUGUAAAACCUUCGUCUAAAUCAAAUAACGGAGUUGAAAAUUCUCAGAAAACAGGCCCGGGGAAUUCAGAACCAAAAGAAACUGUUAAGAAAUCGGCAUUAAAGAAAGAAAAUUAUCAAAAGCGUCGAACUUCUGGUGUGACGUUUUAUGUUGGGCUCGCUUAUGUUAUUGGGGAAGAUGGCGGUUUGAACGGGUCUGAUAGUGAGGCUGAACCGGAUUCUGGCACGUGCAGCGACGAUGAGGAUGGCAAAGUGCCGUUGUCAAAGGAGGAGAAGCAACUCGCCAAACUAACUUACGACAAUACAGAUUUUAAUUCGGAUCCCGUAAAUCUGAAAGAGACAGCGCCGCCUCUUGAGGAUAGUGUGAAGUCUCUCGUACGGAGUAAAUCAGUUGGGAGUCAGGAGGUCUUGGAGAUAGAGGAUGCUCUCCUGUGGAACCCGAAGACAUUCUCGGGAUAUGUGCAUCAGACUUGGAGCGCUGGUGAUGAUCUGUCCCGAAAGUCUCCCCCUCCUCCACCGAGCUCAGCUACCAGGGUUUUAGUGCCUGAAAUCGACAUUGGGGAGAAAGACACUGGUGAUUUGUUGGGUGUAGUUCCUACGCGGCAGAAUGAAAGCGUGUUCAAACUUAGUUCCAUGCAGCCGCGCAUGAACCUAUCUAAGCCAUAUUUAGCUAAAGGUAUAUCACCCUCUACCAUUGUUCUUCCAUAUCCAGUUGAUGAGGAUGUCAAUAAAGAUGGCGCUAGUUCUGCUGUGAACGGCGUGGGUCAGACUAAUCAUUCUGAAAUUACUGCCAAAAAUUCUGGUGCUAAGACUGUACGGUCAGUGAAGGAUAAUGUUGUGAAUUCAAACACAAGCUCUGAUAACUCUAGUAUUGAUACCACUGCCAAAGUGUCGACCAAUCAGAACGUUACAAAACCUAAAGGAGGCUCGGUAAAGGAAAAUUGGUUCAAUUCGUCUAAUCAAGCUACAAAAGCAAAAAGUGUCGCAACCAAAACUGCACCGAAAAUUAAGACAAAUCCUACCCCAGUGAGAAAUACUGCCAAGGAUGUGAAGAAUGCAAAAUCAGAUUCUACCAAAGAUAGUCCAAAGUCAAGCAAGGAUACACGCAAAGGGGUGGGCCUUUCGAAAAAUUCUGUUGAAGGUAAAGUUUCAGUUGUUCGAAAGUCUUCUUUGAGUGGUUCCUCUACGAGUUCUAACAGUCCGCGCGGGAGCCCUGCUGGAGCUCGCAAACCAGUCAAUAAAGGUGCUAUUAAGACUAGUGCACCUUCUAUUGGUGCUAAAUCAACUACAACGCCUGGACGGAUUAAUCGUUCUGUGUCUUUACCUGUUGGUAGUGACAAGGAAAAACCGAAACUAUCUACACCGGAUGUGAAUAAGGACUGUGCAAUUCCUGUACAAAUUGAUAGCAAGGAAAGUGGGGCCAUUUCUGAAAAUUUGACGACAAAUUCUGGAUUAAAAAGUGAAACUGAUGGUAAUAUUGGCCAAAUUUCUGAGGUGAAACGGCGUCAGUCUGAGCCAGUUGUCAGCAUAACUUAUCAGGAACAGGUUUUAGAAAACACUGCAAGUUUAAAUUCGGACGCACCUAGUGUUAAAUCACCGACCAGUACACUCAAACGAAAGCCAAUCAAACGACCAGCUCCCCCACCACCCCCACCUCCUUCCGUGGGGUUGCCCCAAGUUGUCGGAGCUACACUGCCUUUGACGUCGCCAAAACAAGCAACUGGUGCAUCGUCAAAUUCAACGACAGUAGCUGAGACAGCAUCAACAGCCCAUCCUGUGAUAACGAGAUCAGCCAGCGUCCCUACGCCCCCCAGCGACCAAGACCAACACCUACUACGAACAAUGGCCACAAGGACAAUCAGUGUCGAUUGCGCUGACAUCGCGCCGCGCUCCGCAAACUCUAGCGAUACGAGUUCACAGAGGUCGAACCAGGAUGUCGCCACCCCGAAGAAAAAUAAACUCAGUAGCGGGUCAUUCUUGAAGAAGUUUCUUCGAAAGGCUCCGAAGGAAAAGCCAAAGCCAAUCGAUGGAAUGCCCGAUGAUCGAAGUUUCUCGCCAACAUGGGUCGACUCACAGGAGAUUGAAUUCAUGGACGACUCAUUCUCCGACGGAAGCUUUGACGACGAAUUAGUCGAAAGCGUCGAGUUAAAAAGUGCCAAUUCAACCAAUACGGAAUCAUCUGCGGAUUGGAAUCAUAUUUUCAAAAAUUUUGGUAAGAGUGAUUUGGAGAUAGCAAAGGAUAAUACGGAUAAUGCUUCGACGGAAUCUCCUAGUGUGCGCUUCGCCAAUGAAACAUUUUCUGCGCAGGAAAAGCCAAAGUUGCAGCUGAAUCGUCAUUCUGAUGGUUCUCUGGAACAGUCGCCCGACCUGAAUUCUGGCGGUAAGUUCAAUUCGAAACGGAAGUCGUCUGCUGAGGUGGCUAAACUGAACGAAUCGCCUCAGAAGAAAUGGGAUCAGGAUAAAAUUGAGACGUUGCGUAAAUCGCGUGAUAUAAGUGGCCCGAUAGGGCUGGAUGGCAAAAUGCGGACUCUACCACAGCGGCCUGUCUCGGUGGCCGUCAAACCUGCUGUGGAGACUCUCAGUGAGCGCGCGACAGAGAGAACGCCCAGACCACGAAGUUUAGAGAAGUCACCAAUGCACGAGGGAAGGGGCACAAUUCGGCGUGAUCAGAAACCGAUUAAGAAACCCCCUGCGCCGCCUCCUCCUAUCCCAGUGGCAGCCCUGCAGAAACGAGCUGAGGAGGAGAAAAGUGCAGAGGGUGGUAAGAGGCUUCCUCUAGAAACCAUGACAUUAGACCGUAAGUCACGGGGUAGUCCGCGACCGACCAGCACAGGGGAUCAGAUCACCCGGCCUAAACCACCCCCUCCCCCACCACCCACUACGCUUCCAAGGUCAAGAUCAUCACCAGAUAAAAACCCAUUACCCAGGAGGCCUCCUCCACCCAGGUUCAAGCCGCAGAUCCGAGAUCAAUCACCAUCCCAAUCUCAUGUUUAUGAAGAAUAUGGCACGAGGAGUGUGAGAGGGUCUAAGGCUCCACCACCGGCUGCACGACACCAGUAUGAAUACGUCUUUGACAGACCUGGAAAUGCCCACCCACGGGACAAUUCGCCUGCGACGCAAGAGGUCAAACCGCACGAGUAUGGUAUGGCAUACGAACCGGUAUCCGUCUCUCCAACACAUUCACAUCCAAAACCAAUCACAGAGAAACCGAAACCAGUGGCCAAGACGCGCCCGGCGGUCAAUGUUGUUGCCAAACCAAAACGCUCGCAUCUAUACGAGAUCAUUCAUCCCGAGGAUCGGGAUUCUGGUCGUGCACAACAGGUGUCGCCACCUUUGAAUGGCCGUUAUGAAUCUGUUGACGAGUCGCCCCGGCAUGCGAGGCGCAAGCACGACCACGGCAGGGGAGAGGAGAAUAUCUACGAUGUGGUCGAAGUGCCUCCCAUCCCUGUCAGUCCACCGGAUUCGCCGACGUCGCUCUCGAGAUUUUCACGCUCGUUUGAGGAUUAUCUGGUGCCGAUUCGUCGAGGCUCAGUCGACGCUGCGGAGGCGUCUGGGACUGAUGACGAGAUUCUGGACGAGGAUACACUCGGGAGUCUGCCCGAUUUACCAACCUGUUCCGAUGCUUCUCAUGAUGUGGACGAAAAGAAAAAGGAUGAAGGACAUUCGGUAGGACUUUUGGAGAGUGUCCUUCAGAAACUGAAAGAACCGAAAAAGCUGGGUCGGAAAUCUUCUGCGCCGGAUAUGUCGAAGUCAAAGAAAAUGUUCAGUACGCGUUCGCUGACGCGUCGGCCACGGUCUUCACGUCAUAACUCCUUACCAGCUGGUGUCGAUAUUGUCAUGAUUAAAUCACAGGAGUGUGAGAGUUUGAAGUCCGGUACAGGGAGUAUCGGUACGUGCGGAACUGGGAGUAGCAAAUCGGGCAGUACUGGGACGGGGAGUAUUCGUUCUUCUGGAAGUAUGGAGGAGUACGUUGACAUGUCUGGCGCAUCGGGGAAGGAAGAUGACCCGUCACCGUCAUCGACUGGAAGCAUUGGCGAUCCCGGUAGCUCGCCCAUGUUGCCCCGAUCACGGCCGCCACAGCCACAGACUCCAUCAGUGCGUGGCCGCACGUGUCUCCCAGCGCCACCGACACUGAUGCGGGGCCAAGUGGAUGUUGGGGAGGCCAAUGUGCAAGAGAUGUUCAGUAACAUUGCCAACAUGAAUUUACAGACUCUCAAUCAGGUAUUACGGGACAUGGAGGUACCAAAGAGGUCGAUAACGACCUCCACUGAAUUGAAAUGGGAGAGUUUCAGCCUCGACUCGGACGUUCCCCUGAUGAGGUCAGCUGCCUUGGCAUUCUAUAAAGCGACGCUCAAGGCAACUAUGGAACCACUUGUACUUAUGGUAUCAUUUGAUAGAGUCCCCGAGGAACUCUGUUCCAAGUUCCACUGCAACGGUCUGAAACAGCGUUGCAACUUCGAGGACGACAUAGCUUGUCAAUUUCACCCCGAUUCUAUCUUACAGCAGAUUGUUGGAGCAAACAUGGGCACGGCCCUGACCUCGCACUGCCGAGUCACGGUCCUCGAGUACACAAACAUUUCAACGCUUGAUAAAUAUCUGGAUACCUUUUCCGAGGACACGGACGAGUACUUCCACGAAGUGUGUUUCAUUCUCGUGCAGCUCUUACAAUACACUAUCUAUCUUCUGGACCGUGGCUACGAGUUUUCCGACCUUACCGCCGAGAGUCUCCUCAUUACUCAAAGCGGCCAAUCAAAGAAUCAUGUCUUACUCAACCCGGGACAGGUGCAUUCCGGUAACGGCGACAAGUUGAAAUUGAUGUGUCAAGAAAUUGUGACGCUGAUUUUCAAACUGCAUGAAAUCGAUUCGUUUGAGAUUUACGACAAGAUGUCUCACUUGCCUUAUAAGAAAACCGUGAUGAAGAUCACUCAACUUUUAAGUGCCGGUCAGUUCUCCAAUAUGGUGCAAGGCCUCGAUAUGUUAGGCUUUGUCCUGUGGGGGCCUACCAAGGAACUCCGCCAGCUCCAACGCAGCAACAACAUCGCCCUGGAGUGUCAGUGCUGGCUGGACGUAGCGUGUGCCAAGAAGGUGAACAGUCUUGCACGAGGCGAGGAUCGCGACUCGAUCUGGACGUAUUACCAGGUGAAGUACUUGUGCGAGAUGGACGGCAGGAAGCUGGCCGCGAUAUGCGAUACAUACAAUCUCGGUGCCAGAUGAGUUGACGUAGAAUCAAUGAUGUAUUGCACCUGUUUUCUCUUUUGCAAAGUAUGAUGUACAGUGAUGACGAAAGUGUUUUUUCCAGUAGAUCUUGCCAAACGUAUUUGGCUGACCACUUGUCACUAAACUGUAAUAGUGUAAUCGCAAGUGAAUUUACUUGUUCACCCUUGACGCCUUGAUAGUUUUCAUGACUCCGGAAUCAAACUUAUUCAAUUAGUUUUGCUUCCGAUGUAAGCUUAGAGCUUUAUUCAGUGUGAUAGUGUUUUUCAGAAAGAUCUGUCCAAAGGUACUUGGCUGACCUCUAGUCACUAAACUGUAAUAGUGUGAUCACUAAUAGUAAUGUAACACAGCCCUGGGCAGCCCAUGUCAUAGUUGACUGGCUGUAUUGACACUGUGAAAGAGCAUUGGGAUAAUCUAGUGUUGCACAACACCACUAUCUUUUGGUAAAUGUGAUCUGGUCACAUUCCUUAGUUCAAUCUAGUGUUGCCCACCUUUUGGUAAAUGUGAUCUGGUCACAUUCCUGAGUUCAAUCUAGUGUUGCGCAACACCACUAUCUUUUGGUAAAUGUGAUCUGGUCACAUUCCUUAGUUCAAUCUAGUGUUGCCCAACACCACUAUCUUUUGGUAAAUGUGAUCUGGUCACAUUCCUGAGUUCAAUCUAGUGUUGCGCAACACCACUAUCUUUUGGUAAAUGUGAUCUGGUCACAUUCCUGAGUUCAACUAUUAAGUACCUUUGGCCAGAACGAUAUGCAAAACACUAGAGGCUAUAGAUAAUGUACACUUCCUUGUAGUUAAUGUAGAUUUCGUAGAGUUAAUUAAGCAUGUACAUUCAAAUGAUCACACCAGUCAAGAAGGCUUGAUCUCACGAGUCAAGAAGGCUUGAUCCAGUAGAGGGAAACCAGUGUGGGGAUUCGGACAGUCGAGUGCCACAGAACAGGAAAUAUUUGCAUUUGAAUCUGCCUGUGCUUUCAAUUUAUUUGGUGUCGUCUGUUUACCGCUUCGGUAACCAUAGCAGACGGUGAUUUGCUGACACUGUCCGAAUCCCCUCACUGGAAACUGUAAUGAUUUUAGUGUUUGGUUUGACGAAAUAUUUGCUUGUCGUCACAUCAACGAAAUGAUGAGAAACUGGUUUGCGAUUGAGCAGUGAAAUCUAAUGGAUGUCCUGACCUCAUCUCCUGCAACAAAGAUACUGUAAACAUACGUUUUACACUUGUAACUGCAUUGGUGUUUUCAAAGUCCUUUCAAAACCCUGUUCUUAUGUUUGGACAUUGUUUCACCACUUGCACAGUGACUGAGGUUUGCCAUUCUCGGUGAAUCGGUGUUCGGAACAGGAUGGAGCAAAACCUCAUAAAUCAGAGAGAACUUUUUUCCAUGAAGGGUGUAGUCUUCCUGUUCUUACUCUUAGUGUAAGUAACUGAUACUAGGACAUGUGAUUGUACAAAGUAAUGUAUUUCACUUGUAGAUAAUUGUAGUAUAGUUGGCUAAGUAAUGUUUAAAUACACUUGUUAUGUACAUGUACUCAAUCGACCAGAUUGCAUUUCUUUUUAUCCACAAAUAGAUUGGCUUGUAUUCGGACAAUUGGAGAAGCUGUUGCCUGGGGAGCUGCUUUUAUUGUGUUAAGGGCUUCGAGAUCCAUGUUGUCUUAAAUUAUGGCUUUACCUACUGUAGAAGACUUUUGUAUAUAGGGCCUAUAGGAUAUUUUUGUGAGGAGAUCAUGCUCCCAAAAAUAUUCUGCAGUAAAAUCUCUUGCUUUUCAGCUAGAAUUCCAUGUCGUAAUGCCAUGUUUCCACAGUGGCAUUGCAUCCAGCUAGGGCUUUUGUCCAACUCGGCUUAAAACCCAUACAAAGAGGUGAUUGAAGAGACCACGUAUAUAGGCCUACCCUGUGGAAUAAGCACGUAUCAGAAUUACACCUCACAAACACAAAUUCCGCACCUCUGGAAUGGCUUUUGCCUAUUGUGUGCUUUUUUAGGCUUGAUUACUCCAGUCAUUGAGAUCUGUUGACUGUGGAUUUGAGUAUACUAUAUAGACUUUCAUACCAUAGGUAAGAUAAUGAUCGUAAAGACAACAGCAUAUAUACAUGCUUCUCGAAAUUGGUGGCUUGCAUUGGAACUAACUUUUCCCCCUUGUCCGUCAUUAAAGGCAUUCAAGUGUGUUGGUCAACCAUGACUAUCUCCAUUGUCCCUCCACCAUAAGGCCUAGUUUCCUCUUAUGACAUCACUAUUUCGGACACUCAGCGCCCCAUUUCUGGAAAGGUGUAUAAUGACCCUGUGCAAAUGGCACUGAAACGAUUGAAUAGUUUAAGAGAUAUCAUAAGCUGUAGGUGUUCACAUUGAUAAGAGCUUGACUGUACAUUACAAAAUCGCUGAGUAGUGUUGCUUAUAAAAUGAGUCCAGUCACAGCAAAACCAGGUGCAUGUCGCUCAGAGUGUGGCAGGUUGAGACGGACUGGUUGUUCAUUUCACUACUGUCUGCCUUGUGAAAUCUACUUGAUCAAUUUUGUUCCAUUUAAUACACCUGGUGUCAUUUCGGCUCAUCUUCUGUGCAACAUGCACCUCAUUUUGCUGUGAUGGGUCUCAAAGGCCCAUGAAAAUUGUGCACCUUAUAAAAGGCCUACACCAUUUGUUUGAAUUUUGAAUUUAAAAAUGUCCACUUGCGGAAAUACGUACAAAAUAUAAAUGUCAGCAUUGCCAUGGUGGAGACUGAUAUGCAAAUACUAUGAAUACCAAGUUUAAACAAAUUUGUACUCAUAACAACUGCACUACAGCAUUGUGUAUUAGUGCAUUUCUAUUUAACUGGACCACAAGUAAUUACAAACGGUGAACCCCUUUAAAGUACCUAGCAUUUUAUUCUCCUGACCCUGUCCUAUAAAAAAUUAAUCAAUGGGGUGGGUUGUUUCAGUAAGUUGGUGGUUCUAGUUUCUUGCUUCGAGAACAUGAAAUUGACAACCUCUACUAUGAACUAGAUGUGAACUUUCAUUGUUGUUUUGCAUUUAAUGUUAAACUGACAUCAUGAGGCCAAGGUAAUAUUCUCCAGGGAAUCUUGUCCGAGUUGACUAAAACAAUGUGCUGGAGGUCUAAGUGCAAUAUUAAUAAAUGUUAACAUUUUACUGAA